UCUAUUGGCUGCCGGAAACGCCCGUCAGCUGGGUGGCCGCCCGGGUUGGUCCUCUCAGGCCGCCGCCCCGGCCCCAGCGCCCGUGCAGCCUCGGCUCCGACCUCCCGCCCAGCUGUCCAGGAUGAUGAGUGACCACAGCCGAGGCCUGGGCCACGGGGUCCGCCCUCUUGGGACCGUAGCGGAGCGGAAGCCGGGCCCGUGGGGGGACCCCUCGGGCUCCAGGAUGAGCCAGCGCCCCGGGCCGUGGGGCCUGGCCACCACCUCCAGGCGGCCCUUCCUCCUGGCGCUCCCAGAGAAAAAAGAGGCCGAGAAAGAGAGACAGAAGGAGGCGCUGAGGAUUCGGAACUGGGAAAGGACCGGGCUGGAAAUGGUGCUUCAGGGUGCUUUGCCCAAGGCCGGGGGCACCAACUUCCCCCUGAGGUACUCCCUGUUCAAGGAAGAGGACGAUGAUGACAUCAGUGUGAUGGGAAGUCCAUCCGAGGGGGCGUAUGACACAGAGAGUGAAGGAGGAUCCGACUCGGACCUAGACAGGGAAGCCUCCGCUGGGCCAUAUGACCUCACAGGCAGGUCGCAGUACUUGUCGGCCUGUGAGGCCUACGGAGUGGUGCCCAUCUCCUACUUCCUCCACCACAUGCAUGAUUCUGAGCUCACGCUGACGCACCGCGGCCUUGGGUCUCAGGGGGCCCGGGCCCUGGCCUCAGCCCUGAUAUCCAACACCUCCAUCCUGAAACUGAAUCUGAGUGACAACUGGCUGAACGACGACGGGGCAGUGGCGAUCGCUGGGAUGCUGAAGGAAAACUGCUUCAUCACAGAUCUUGAUCUGUCUGAUAACAAACUGGGGGCCAAAGGCGCCAAGGCCCUGUGCUCUGCCCUUAAGGAGAACGCCUCUAUACGGCAGCUUCGCCUGUCCGGCAGUGACCUGGGCCCACAGGCCGCCAAGGACAUCGCUGACGCCCUAUUGGUCAACACCAAGGUGGAAGUGCUGGACUUGAGCCACAACCUGCUGGAUGAGGAAGCUGGGGAGAAGCUCGGGCCGGCCCUGGCAGAAAACGCGGGCAUAAAGGAGCUCAAUCUCAGCUGGAACCACCUGCGGGGGAUGGGAGCCGUGAUCUUCACCCGAGGCGUUGGGGCCAACACCUUCCUCAGAGUGCUGGACCUCUCCUACAACGGCUUUGGAGAUCCUGGAGCAGCAGCCCUGGGGGAGGCUCUGAAAGUCAACAAUGUGCUUGAGGAGCUCAACAUCAGUAACAACCGCAUCUCGCUGCCCGGAGCCAUCCGCUUCUCCAGUGGACUGAGGGAAAACCAGACCCUAAGGAUCCUCUCUAUGGGCAGGAACCCCAUGAGGAACGAGGGCUGCCUUUGCAUCCUCAAGGUGAUCCAGCUGAACCCAGACUCCGGGCUGGAGGUUUUGGACUUCUCGGACAUCCACCUGAACAAAGACUUCGAUGAGCUGGCGUGUUCCAUGCAGGAGGCCUUCCCGAGGCUCUGUAUCAGACACGGCAACCAGCCCGCCUAGCCCAGCAGGACGAGGAUGCCGGCUGCCGUCAUCACCCGCCGCCUUCCCAGCAGCCUCUCUGCCUAGACUCAUGGAAGGCCCCUCCAUCCCGUGGGGAGCCCCUCCUGAUUCGGGGUCCCCCACAGGCGCUGGACGAGGGCCCGUCUGGCCUAGCAGCUCUCCAGACCCCGGAGAUUGGCUCCCCACCCAGGUGGCCAUCAGGCCGCAGGGCAGCUCUUGUGACUGGGCAGCCGCCCUGGGCCCGACGUCUGUGACUCGUGCCCGCUACGCCUGGCUCUCUCGGGCUCGGGCCCUGCUUCCUCCCCUCCAAGGCCAGAAGCCUGGAUGCCUUUUGGUCCUUUCCUCGCUAAGCCUUAACGGUUAUUUCCACUAA